AUGUCCAUCAUCAAACCGGAAACAGAUCCUAAUCAGCUCUUCUCAUUCUCUCUUGAUAUUGCCCUGAAAGCACUCGCUAGCAUAACUCACCUGAUCUCGAACUCGACUCAGAUCGAGAUUGACUCAGAGUUCAAAACUUGCUCGAGUACAUUGCAGGAAGCAGUGAGUCAACUCAACCAGACUUUGCGAACGUUGCGGGUCAACCCGGACGUGGAAACACUGACUGAUGAACAGAGGAGUAAGAUGACGAAGUGGAUCAUCGCUGCAGAACAAGAACUGAAACACGGUUGUGAAUCGACGGCUGUGGGUGAAAUUGGAGAGAAAGUGCAUGAAGCUAUGGUGCAUGUGAGCAACAGCGCAGAUUUUCUCUUCAAUUACGAAUCUGUAUUUACCAACUUUCGAUUGGCGACCACGAACAGCAAUUGGGAUCUCAAAACCGUAUUUGCUAUAUGCAUGGCUGUGUCAAUGUACUCGUUCUUAAUCUUUCUGUUUCGUGCACUAUUUCGCACCCGUAUAAGAUGA